AGGAUUUCCGCCCGGCGUUAUUUUGCACACGGACACGUCCUGGCUCUUUGCUAGUUACAGGCGUGUAAGCGGGAUUUUUUUUUUUAUUUCACGUGUUUCUCCUGCUUUAACUUCAACCACUACUGUGUUUUUGUGAGUGCUACGAACACAGGCGGUGAGAUGGCGGAGUUCACCCAGCUGAAGCUGGAUUUUACCCUGAAAGAACUGACCUGCCGGCCGGAGGACCGGGACGUGCCCGGCGCCUCGUCCAUCCUGGAGCUGCGGGACGACCGGCUGGUGUGUGUGGAGUAUCCGGCCGUGGUGACCAGCUCCAACAACAUGCUGGAGACUCUGGGGGGAGAACGAGCUGUGUCCAAAACCUUCGCUAACCCCAACAGGCGGCUUGAGCUGCGUUACCGACCUCAGGACCCCUUCUGUCACCCUCUGUGUGGAAACCGCUUUUCGUCCAGCAACCUCCUCCUCAGAGUGCGGCGGCGGGUGCGAAAAAAAGACCCCAAGGAUGUCCAGAUCCAGAUGGAUUUACUGGGAGUCAUUGGAACAACAUAUAAAUUCCAAGGGAUGGCAGACUUUCAGUGCCUCGCUGUGCAUUCAGAAGGUGGAACAGAUAUGGCUCUGUAUGACAAAAUCAUCCUUCGUAAAUCAGAGAAUCAGGAGUUUUUUGAAAAGCCCGUGCCUUACUUCCUUCCCCCGGCCAUCUUCUCACGUCUCGACAGUCCCGUGGAUUAUUUCUACCGACCCGACAUCCAUCACAACCAGAUGCCCAUCAACAAGAAAAGCUUUAUCGGUCUGAAUCGCGUGCGUCGGCCCAAUAAUGCCAUUUUUGUCAGCUUCACUGAUCCCACUGUGCCCAGUGAGUGUCUUGAGGGGGCGAAGCUCAAUUGGGCAAGAGUCUGCCUGAAGGACUCCGACAGAGAGAGUGAAGAGCAACUGAAAAUGAUGUUUGAGAGCCGGCCCAUCUGGUCCCGGAACGCAGUCAAGGCCAACAUCAACAUCCACCCUGAUAAACUGAAACUGCUGCUGCCCCUAUUUGCCUACUACAUGGUGACAGGGCCGUGGAGGAGUCUUUGGGUGCGGUUCGGCUAUGACCCCCGAAAAAACCCAGACUCCAAGAAAUACCAAAUGCUGGAUUUCAGGUUCCGCUGCAGCAGCAAGCACGGUUAUUCAAUAUCUGACCUGCCAGUAAAAGCCAAGAGGAGUGCGCUUAACUACAGUCUGCCUAUUACGUUCAACAAAACAGGCCCUCAGCCAGCGAGUGUGAUGGAUCUUCCAGCUCAGGAGGGUCCAAGCUCCAGUCGAGACACAAUCCCAGUCUCGUACAAGCUGAGGGAGUCCUCCUUUAUUUUCAGAGAUGGCAUGCUGCCUCCUCACAGACAGAUGUUUUACCAGCUGUGUGAUUUGGAUGUGGAAAGUCUCAAAGAGGUGAUUGAGCAGAAGGGAGAUGAACAGGUAUGUAACGAGCGGGAUGGCUGGUGUGUUCUCGGUACCACCGACAAGCUGAGGGACAUGAUCUCAGCCAUGAUCCAGAAAGUCACCUGGGCACAGAAACCAGCCGUGCCACAAGUCCUCAGAAGAAGCCAACGCAAUGUGUCAAAAUCCUCAAUGAAAGGUGCUUACGCAGAAGACGACGAGGACGAGGAUGAAGGUGAAAACGAGGACGACGACGAUGAUGAAUUUCUGCCGUCUGAGGGAAGUGAGAAUGAGAUGGAGACAGAGAUUCUGGACUACAUGUAACAAAGAACAGCCAAUGGAUGAUACGUCUCUGUACAGAUGAUGUGUUUGUAUUAUUUUUUUCUGUAAAAUGUAAAGUAACUUUGUUAAAUGGAAAUAAAAACAAAAGUA